AUGAAGAAGUACUUGCUGUAUAUGGUUCAAGUCCAUUUGAACUUUAGAAGAGCAGAAUUGGAAUCAUUAGCAGACCUGUAUAAUCUUUCAAUAGAUUUUUCUCAGUAUGACGUCGAUAGUCCAUUUUUUGUCGUAGAGUUGGAGAAUGACCAGCAGGCCAGGGACUGGAUCAAAAGAUCUAUUUUGACCAGAGGCAUUUACGAAUACUGGGGGCAGGGUGCAACGCUGGAUGAGUUGCAUCAAGACAUCAAGUGUCAGCCUAAUUUUGAACAGGAUUUACAAAGAAAGUUCAAACACUCCACUUUUAAGUUCGAAUUCGAAUGCUAUAGAGGUAACAGUAAGGCCAACAGAAUAAAACAGAUUGAAUCGUUUCAUUAUCUUGACUUUGAGGGGAAGAUCGAUAUGAAACACCCUCAGGAAGUCUUUACUGUUGUAGAAGAGUACACUCCGGUAUCGGAAAACAUUAGUGGUAAAACCCCUGCAAGGAUCUUUUUUGGUAGACAAGUUCAAAUGAGUAAUAGAAGUGCUAUGGAGAAGUAUGAUCUGAAGAAAAGACCUUACAAAGGUACAACGAGUUUUGAAGCAGAACUAUCUUUGGUUAGUGCCAAUAUAGCUCAAGUGAAACCAGGCACUAUAAUGUACGACCCGUUUGCAGGUACGGGGUCCUUUUUGGUUGCAGGUGGACACUUCGGCGCUUUAGUCGUUGGCUCGGAUAUUGACGGUAGGAUGAUUCGUGGUAAGGGCGCUCAAGUGAACAUUUCGGCUAACUUCAAAAAAUACGAUGAAAGCUCUCAAUUCCUCGACGUGCUAACCAUGGACUUCACGCAUAAUGCAUUAAGAAACAGUCUUGUGAUUGAUACGAUAUUGUGUGACCCUCCUUACGGUAUUAGAGAAAGUAUUAAAGUUUUGGGCGCCAAAGAUCCGGAAAGGUUUGCUGGAAAGGAAGAUAUAGAGAUUGAUGGUGAAAAGGCAUUUUUGCGCCGCGAUUACAUUCCAACAAAAAAGCCUUAUGCUCUUGAUUCAUUGUUAGACGAUAUUCUACAAUACUCUUCGGAAAGAUUGCCCAUUGACGGGAGAUUGGCCUUCUGGAUGCCCACGGCAAACGACGCAAACAUAGAAACGAUUGUACCGAUGCAUGAGAACCUAGAAUUAAAAUACAAUUGCGUCCAAGAAUUCAACAAAUGGUCAAGAAGGCUACUGGUCUAUAUUAAUAGGGGUGACACUUUUAACGGGCCAAGUAACCAUGGACUAAAACGUUCGGAGGAUAAUUUCAGGGAACGAUACUUCAAUAACUUCAAUUAA